AUGCCUGAAACGUUGCAGGGUGAGGAUAGUCGAACCUCUGAGACCUCUUUGCCAGCAGAGAAAGAAAAAGGGCUCGAGGAAAGCACGAAGCGUGGGACAACAAGCGAGGAUUCUGCACCAGCACAACAAAGGUCCAUCACAGGUUUGAAGUGGUUCUUUGCCUACGCAUCAGUGUUAUCUACUGUUUUUCUCUUCGCCCUUGAUGGAACGAUUGUCGCAGCUCUUCAGCCUUCCAUCGUUGAGACCUUUAAAACCGAGAGUGACCUGUCCUGGAUUGGAGUGAGUUUUAUGUUGGGAGAUACUGCUAUUUUACCACUUGGGAAAGCAUUCGGCAGAUUUAACAUCAAAUGGCUUUUUAUUUCCUGCUUGCUGGUUUUUGAAAUUGGGAGUGCGGUUUGUGGUGCGGCACCCACAAUGAACGCUUUUAUUGUCGGUCGCGUUAUUGGCGGCGUUGGAGGAUGCGGCAUCUACGUGGGAGGACUUACUUUCGUUGCAUUGCUUACGACAGACCACGAGCGUCCACUCUACCUGGCCGGGAUCUAUUGUGUUUGGGGCAUUGGUUGCGUUCUUGGUCCCAUCAUCGGAGGCGCUUUCGCUCAGAGCAGCGCCACCUGGCGCUGGGGCUUUUACAUCAAUCUCCCCAUCGCUGCAUUGUUCGCACCCGCCUAUCUUAUCUGUCUACCGGUAAUUGAACCACAGCCGAACAAGCCUUUCUUGGAGAGAGUCUGGUCGCUAGAUUGGAUUGCAACUAUCGUGUUCCUCGCUGGGGCCACCUGCUUGAGUAUGGCUCUCAGUUUUGGUGGCACGGAAUAUGCCUGGAGUAGCGGUUCUGAGAUUGCGCUCCUCGUCAUGACUGGUGUACUUCUAAUUGCCUUUAUCUUGGUGACUAUAUUCCACCCAGGGGUGUCGGCAGAAGAUAAGCUCUUGCCAGUGGGAUUCAUGCGCACUGCCGAGCUUGUUACGUUGCCGAUUCAAAGUGCUAUCGUGGCAGGUGUAAUGUACACUUCGAUUUAUUAUGUUCCGCUGUUAUUCCAGUUUACUAGGUCCGACAGUCCCCUCGAAGGUGGUGUACGCAUGCUUCCACUCAUCUGCGCACUCGUUUUCUUCGCCCUCUUGAAUGCAAUCUUUAUGCCGAAGUUCGGAUAUUAUAUGCCGUGGUACGUUUUCGGCAAUGCCGUUAUGAUUAUCGGCUCUGCUCUCAUGUUCACUAUCAAUUCGGAUACCUCUCCAGGACAUAUUUAUGGAUACACUUUUCUUAUUGGUAUUGGAGUCGGCUGCUUCCAGAGCGCUGGUGUUGCUGUCGCGUCAGCAAUUGCCGCACCGACCGAGGUGAACAAUGCCUUCUGGGUGACAAAAGCACAAAUUAGCGGUGUUCUCGCAUCUCUCUGCGUCGAUGGAGCUAUUUUCCAGAACCUCGUCAUCAACAAAAUCAGCAGCGUUCUUCCAGGCUACAACACCAGCGAAAUAAGCGAAAUCACCACUGGCACCAGUGGCUCUGUCUUCCAAAGUUUGAGCUCGGACCAAAAAUCAGUUGUCAUUGACCAAGUGACUGAUUCGAUCCGACGCGUGUUUAUUUACCCUCUCGCCAUCUCCGCAUUUGGAUUUAUUCUCUCAUUUACCCUGAGUCGCCGGAAGCUAUAUCUUGCGGAAGGCAAAGUUGCCAAAUGA